AUGACGAUCACUGGCACUGUCCCGAGGGCGUCGAAGAACCCUCAUACCCCCCUGGCGGUGAGCCUGGCUCAGAGGGCGCUGGCGCUGGCGGCGCUGGCGGCGCCUCGGGUGAGUGUGUCGCGCACGAUGACCACUGGCACUGCCCUGAAGGGGUUCCAGAGCCUGAUUCGCCGCCAGCGCCAGAGGUGGUUGAAGUAUCGGGCGCCGCUUCGUUCGAUGUGA